GGGGCUCAACUGCCAUCAAGGCACCAUGUUGAAUGUCUGAGAGCGACAGAUCUCGUCCUUUCAUUGAGAUGGAUACACUUCCCGCACCCUUAGGCCGCGAACGAUCUCGAGGAAGGUCACGAUCGCGUAUGAGGGAGAGUGCUACUAGACAGGACUAUGUCAUCGGAAUUUGCCUUCUUCUCAUCGUCGUGGUGCUCUGGACAUCGGGCAACUUUGUGACUCAGGGUCUGUUUGAAGACGGAUAUGAGAAACCGUUCCUUGUCACGUAUCUCAAUACUAGUGCAUUUGCACUGUACCUUGUGCCAUAUGCCAUCCGCAUAUCGCUCGAACGAAGACGCAGUAGGCUGCAGCGGGAGCGGAGUUCGGGAGAAGAAUCUGAGCCGUUGGUUGUUAACAUGGAUGCAAGAGAGACGAUGCUGUCCUUGAACAAUCAAGCAUCCGGCGACAUUCCUGCAGCGAAGGACCUAUCUCCUCUGACAGUGCGAGAGACAGCGGAGUUGGCCGUGUUCUUCUGCUUACUAUGGUUCAUCGCGAAUUGGUCCGUCAACGCAUCACUUGAUUACACCAGUGUCGCGAGCGCGACUGUCUUGUCCAGCAUGAGUGGUUUCUUCACACUGGGAAUCGGUCGACUGUUCCGCGUCGAAUCUCUUACUGUCCUCAAGUUCUGUACUGUCGUCACAAGCUUUGGGGGCGUGUUUUUAGUAUCUUGGUCUGACUCAUCGGAGGGCCGUAGUACUGGGCCGCCGGCUCCCUCAGCACCGAUGGCGCCUUCACCGAGCAAUCCCAUCACAACGUUUGCGCUUGCACAGACGUUCGGUGAUGUUCUGGCGUUAUUAUCCGCUCUGUUUUAUGCACUUUACGUGAUCCUCCUCAAAGUACGGAUCAAAUCUGAAUCGCGUAUCGACAUGCAACUGUUCUUUGGAUUUGUCGGCUUGUUCAAUAUCCUCAUGUGCUGGCCCGUCGGCAUCCUAUUGCAUUUUACCGGCGUUGAGCGGUUCGAGCUUCCAUAUACUAGCAGGACGGUGGUCGCUCUUCUCGUCAAUAUGGGCAUAACGCUGUCAAGCGACUAUAUCUAUGUCCUCGCUAUGUUGAAGACGACGCCGCUGGUAGUGACAAUUGGUUUGAGCUUGACCAUGCCUCUGGCUGUCUUGGGAGAUUUCCUCUUGGGGAAGCCUGCGAAGAUGCAGGUGAUCGUUGGCGCGGCCGUGGUGCUAAUCAGCUUCGUACUAGUAGGAUGGGAAGACUCGCACAAUAACGAGGAAGAGGACCUGCUCAUAGGAGGGCCGCUUCACCAGGAGCAAGAAGAGGGAGGCGUUCGACUAGAGGAGGAGCAUAUCCCAGACGA